UGAGAGCACUGACAGAGAGAUAUAGACAGACAGAGCGGUAAAGAGAGAGAGAGAGAAAGAGAGCAAAAGAGAGGGAGAGAGAGAGAGAGCAAGAGAGAUUUCUGCCUAGAACUUUGAGGCUACACUGAUUGAUGGAAUGGACGUUGAAUGAACAUAGAUAUUGAAUGAUCAGGAGCAAUUCAAUAACCUUGGAAAGGAAGAGUCUGAUUUGACUUGAUGUUUCAGAAGAAGUUGGACAAACAGACAAAGGAAGCCCAUCAAACCAUGGAUGAUGUAUCACUCCACCAGGAGGAUUCUGGGAACGAUGCAACAGCCAACCAGAUAGAGGACAACAACAACAAUCAGACAGAGAGAGAAGCUCCAGUCCAGGAGUGUGACCCCCCGAAGAGAGAGCACCUGGCGGAGGACACAGUGGAAGGUCAUAGGGUCAAGUCAGGGGCUAAUAGGGCGAAAACCCCAGAACAGGCAACAGGGGCUAGCAUUGAAAACAUAGAGGAGUCUCAGCCUGUAACCGACGCCAAUGAGGUUAAUGGUGAAGAGGCUUGUAAGGGUGAGGAAGGGCUGUGUCAUGGUGCAGACACCGGAGAAACAGAAGACCCCAAAUUGGUGAAAGGAGAGGGGGAAAGUGAGAUGGAGGAGCAUAAGAAUGGAAAGGGGCAAGAGGUGGUCAAGAAUGGAGAGAUUGAGAAAAAGAAAGAGGAGCUGAAAGAGGACAAAGAGAAGGGAAGAGAAAAUAAUGCCAAGAAAGAGGGGAAGGGGGGGGAAAUAGAAAAGAGAAAAGGAGAUGAAGAGAAGAGGAAAGACAGAAAAAUAAAGGCAGGGAAGGGAGAGGCGGGGAAGGGAGAGGCAGGGAAGGGAGUGGCAGGGAAGGGAGUGGCAGGGAAGGGAGUGGCAGGGAAGGGAGAGGCAGGGAAGGGAGAGGCAGGGAAGGGAGUGGCAGGGAAGGGAGAGGCAGGGAAGGGAGAGGCAGGGAAGGGAGAGGCAGGGAAGGGAGUGGCAGGGAAGGGAGUGGCAGGGAAGGGAGAGGCAGGGAAGGGAGAGGCAGGGAAGGGAGUGGCAGGGAAGGGAGAGGCAGGGAAGGGAGAGGCAGGGAAGGGAGAGGCAGGGAAGGGAGAGGCAGGGAAGGGAGAGGCAGGGAAGGGAGAGGCAGGGAAAGGAGAUGGAGAGGCAGUGAAGGAAGAGGGAGGGGAGGCAGAGGCAGAGGAAGGGAAGGCACCAGAGAACAAGAGCAAACCAGUAAAAGAAAAGGAAGGGGCGGGAGGAGGAAAGGUUAAAGAGAAAAGCAAGGAGGUGGAGAAGCAAGGGAAGACCAAAAGAAAGAGUGUCUUGAAUCCCACCGCCUCUACCCCAUCCUCUGCAGCCCCCUCUGUGAUCCGACCCCGGAUCUCUGCCCGCUCUGCCCGGAUGUCCAGAAAAAAUGACAUCAUAGCAAAGUUCCAGCAAAAUGCACCUGAGACACCGGUUGUCCGCAACUUCAAACUUCAGAGAUCAUCUAUGGCUGUGGCAAGUGGGACAUCAAUCAAACAGAAAGUGCUUUCAUGGUGUGCCAACAAAACACGCAACUAUGAGGGCGUUUCCAUAGAGAACUUCUCAUCUUCAUGGUGUGAUGGGCUGGCGUUCUGUGCACUCAUCCAUCGCUUCUUCCCAGAUGCUUUUGACUUCUCAGCCCUGAACGCAUCUGAGAAAGAGAAGAACUUCACCCUGGCCUUCAACACAGCAGAGACCAUGGCUGACUGCUACCCCCUGUUGGAGGUUGGUGAUAUGCUCCUGAUGGGGAACAGACCAGAUCCUAUGUGUGUGUUCACCUAUGUCCAGGCUCUCUGUCAUCACCUCUCCAAAAUAGAGAAGGAGAAGAAGGACAAGGAAGAAAAGGAGAAGAAAGACACAGCAGAGGAAAAGAAGAGUGAAAAGAUGACCGACAGAGAGGUAGAAACCACUACAGAGAAGAAAGAGGAGGAGAGUGUGGGAGGGGAGAACAAAGGGAAAGAUGGGAAAGAGAAAGAGAGCGAGGAGAGCUCAGCGGUGGAGGGAGAGAAAGAGAAAGAGGAAAGAGAAGUUGUAGUGUUAGUUGAAGGGCAGGCUUAAGCUAACGCUAAAGAUACAUUGAAAAGACCAAAGGAGAGAGAUUCAGAGAGAUUAAGAAAGACUUAAGCUACAUCAUGAAGUAGAGUCUUACAGUGUUCAACGCGAUUGUGUGUGUAGCGUAUAUGAGCAUCAUUUCUUAAAGAGUGACACAUUACUACUGUGUAUUCAAAAGCUGGCUUUGUGAAGGUUUGGAAUUAUGCUCAGAUUCCAACAAUGUGUGUCAAUUGUAACCUGUUGUGAUAUUUUAAACAUGAUUUAACAUGCUGUGUUUUGGAACUUUGCGCAGAGCAACAUUAAAUGUCAACGUGUAUUAUAA